UAGCAACAACGACAUAAAUAAACACACACAUAGGGUUAAUACAAUUUUUUUCCCAUAUUCUUCAAUUCUUUUAUUAUUCUUUGUUUCUCUUUUUCUUCCACAAAUCUCCGCAAAAUCUUCCCUCAAACUCAGAUCCGAUUCUUCCUUCUUCCUUCAUCCUUUUCUUUCUUCUAAAUAGAUUCUUCUUUCUUUCUUUCUCGCAGUUAAAAAGAAGACACUUUUCUUGCGAAAGUCCUCAACUUUCAUAUCAGCUUCAAUCAAUCAAUCAAUCCACACUUGGGUUGUUUGUUAACUUGCUGAUUUAGCUACUUGGGUUUGUUUUUUGAUUCGAACCCGUCUUUUAAGUGUAUAUGGCGAUUGGGUUCUACUGGUGAAUUCAAAAAGAGAGAGAUGGAUCGGAAUCAAAAGAUGGAUCAUGUUAUCGGCGGGAAGUUUAAGUUGGGUAGGAAGCUCGGAAGUGGAUCCUUCGGGGAACUUUAUUUAGGGAUCAAUAUCCAAACUGGAGAAGAAGUCGCUGUUAAGCUGGAACCUGUGAAGACGAGGCAUCCUCAAUUGCAGUAUGAAUCGAAAAUAUAUAUGUUUCUUCAAGGAGGAACGGGUGUUCCCCAUCUCAAAUGGUUUGGAGUUGAGGGUGAAUACAGUUGUAUGGUUAUCGACCUUCUUGGGCCUAGCUUGGAGGACUUGUUCAAUUACUGCAAGCGAAUAUUUUCAUUAAAAUGUGUUCUAAUGCUCGCAGAUCAAUUGUUAUGUAGAGUUGAGUACAUGCAUUCGCGGGGUUUUCUUCACCGCGACAUUAAACCAGACAACUUUUUGAUGGGUCUUGGGCGCAAAGCAAACCAGGUGUAUAUCAUUGAUUUUGGCCUUGCUAAAAAAUACAAGGAUCUUCAGACACAAAAGCAUAUACCAUACAGGGAAAACAAGAAUCUUACAGGAACUGCUCGGUAUGCAAGUGUGAACACACACCUUGGGAUUGAGCAAAGUAGAAGAGAUGAUUUGGAGUCACUUGGUUAUGUGUUGAUGUAUUUUCUACGAGGAAGUCUUCCGUGGCAAGGUUUAAAAGCUGGUACAAAGAAGCAGAAGUAUGACAAGAUUAGUGAAAAGAAGAUGCUUACUUCUGUAGAGACUCUUUGCAAGUCAUAUCCAUCAGAGUUCACCUCGUAUUUCCAUUACUGUCGAUCAUUGAGAUUUGAGGACAAACCAGAUUAUUCAUAUCUGAGAAGACUUUUCAGGGACCUUUUCAUUCGUGAAGGUUAUCAGCUCGAUUACGUGUUUGAUUGGACAAUCUCAAAAUAUCCUCAGUCUGGCUCUAGUUCGAGACCAAGGCCAUCCCCAAGACCAGCAUUGGACCCUCCAGGACCACCUGCAGAAAGAGCUGAAAAGCCUACAGUAGGACAGGACCUGCGAGGAAGAUUUACAGGCGCACUUGAGGCAUUCACCAGACGAAAUGUUUCAAGCCAAGGCGCUCAUGGUGACCGCUCUAGACACCGAUCUUCUGAUGAUAUACCCUCUUCUGCCAAGGAAGUGCACGAGUCUCGAAAUGGAAGUACCUCAAAGAGAGGUCUGAUAUCAAAUAGCAGACCUGGCUCAUCAGCGGAGCCAAGCGAGAACCACUCAAGCCGACUAUUUUCAAGUGGAUCACGCCAUGCCACAACCCAACGGGUUCAACAGAGCUAUGAAUCCAAGCAAACAUCUGCAGCUGCAAGGCCUGGACAUGAGGAUGCCAUUAGAAGCUUCGAGCUCCUCACCAUUGGCGGCUCUGGGAAAAAGAGGAAAUGAAGAUAAGGAAGGAGAAGUUUGAUGAGACUGAAAAGACAACAUUCCAUGCUGAUGGCUCUGUCCUCUGAAAAUAGGAAAGACAUGUCCACGCAUUGUUUUAACCUUGGGAACAAGAUGAGAGAAAGAAAGAGAGUUAAUACAUUCUCCCAAUAUCUCAUUCUAUGUUUUUAAAAGAAUCUGUUAAUAAAGCAUUAAAGUGUAACUUCUCAUGUGUACUUCACAUUUUUCCUCCUCUGUUUUCUAAAACUUCGAUAUAGAAUUAAAAUGUGAAAGCCUAUCUCGUCUUCUCCAA